AUGGAUCCUCUGAGACCAGUAAUCGCAAAACAUUUUUCGGGCUACUUGGGUGUUUGGGCGGGAAUUCCGGUCAUUUGUAUGGGUGAUGCAAGCGGAUGCAGUGGAAAUACCCAGGAUCCUGACGGCAUGCUGUCCCUAAACGAAUUUCCUGACAUAGUUCCCCUCCUCACCAGAUUCUGUAGCACAUCCCGGAGUUUGGAUGCCAAGUCAAAGACGAAAACGAUAACCGCCACACCAGGCCAAUGUUCAGAGAUGUCGACCGAGACGAUCUUCCACAAAAUUGUUGAAAAUAAUGAUAGGAAUGAGGCCCAAGGUUUCUUUUUAAAUUUACAGAGUCGCCAUCCGCCACCAGAUUCACCCUAUGUUCAUGGGUUGGACUUUAAAAAAUUAGGGCCCCUUCAACGAUCUACCAAUAUUUCCAUCGAUCAUUGA